CCUCUUCAGACCCCCCCAUUGCACCAUGACCGAUACUCCAGCAGAUUCCGCGCCGUCGAGCGCUCCCCUGAGACAGCCCAAGAAGAGGUUCGUCGGUCGUCGGACCGCAGACGCCCAGGCACAGAAAGAAGCCCCCAAUUCCGGAGAUGUCGAGUCCACCAGUAUACAAAAGGCCGCCCCCCGGCGCAACCCCCGAACCCUAAACCAAGUCCCUCCUGAGAUCCUCGAAGACCCCGAGAUCAUCGCCGCCAUCGAACUCCUUCCCCGCAACUAUUCCUUCGAGAUCCCGAAGACAAUCCACCGCAUCCGCUCCUCCGGCGCAAAGCGCGUGGCCCUCCAAUUCCCUGAAGGCCUCCUCAUCUUCGCGACCACCAUCUCCGACAUCCUCACACAGUUCUGCCCGGGCAUCGAAACCCUCAUCAUGGGCGACGUCACCUACGGCGCCUGCUGCAUCGACGACUACACGGCGCGCGCCCUCGGCUGCGACCUCCUCGUCCACUACGCCCACAGCUGCCUGAUCCCAGUGGACGUCACCAAGAUCAAAACCCUCUACAUCUUCGUCGACAUCAGCAUCGACACCACCCACCUGAUCGCCACCCUGGAGCGCAACUUCCAACCCGGCAAGACCAUCGCAACCGUCGGCACCAUCCAAUUCAACGCCACCCUCCACGGCCUAAAACCCGUCCUCGAACGCGCCGGAUUCAAGGUCCUCAUCCCACAAAUCAUGCCCCUCUCCAAGGGCGAAAUCCUCGGCUGCACCUCCCCUACCCUCUCCGCCGACGAAGUCGACAUCCUCCUCUACCUCGGCGACGGCCGCUUCCACCUCGAAUCCGCCAUGAUCCACAACCCCGCGAUCCCAGCCUACCGCUACGACCCCUACUCCCGGACCCUCUCCCGGGAAACCUACGUCCACGACGAAAUGCACACCCUCCGCCGCGACGCCAUCAACACCGCCAAGUCGGCCAAGAAAUGGGGCAUCAUCCUUGGCUCCCUCGGUCGCCAAGGAAACCCUAACACCAUGGCCAUGAUCGAGAACCAUCUCAACGAGCGCGGCAUCCCCUUCGUCAAUCUCCUACUCAGUGAGAUCUUCCCUGGCAAGUUGGCCUCCAUGUCCGAUGUCGAAUGCUGGGUACAGAUUGCUUGUCCGCGGUUGAGUAUCGACUGGGGAUAUGCGUUCUCGAGACCCCUGUUGACGCCGUACGAGGCGCUGAUUGCCCUUGGUAUCAGAGAGGAUUGGAGUACGGAGAACAACGGCGUCUAUCCGAUGGACUUUUAUGCCAAGGAGGGGUUGGGACGGACGAAACCUCAGCCUAUUUCUGCAUAGGGUGCUUGCCACUGCUGCUAAUGGAUGGGGGAAUGCCUGGAUAAUGAUGUCAAGUGAUAUUUUGCAUGAUGCAUAUGACUAUAGAUGUUCUGGUUAUGGGUUCAGCCUGAUACGGGCUUCUACAAAAGCUUAUCUUAUGAUUAUGAAAUAGAAAGUGUUCAGUGUCU